AUGUCAUCCUCACCCGUCGUUACAAGCAUCAAACAAGUAGAAUCGCUCAUUUUUGACAACCAUGAUGAUCCGCGGCCAGUGGUAAUCAUGACUUGCGGGUUAGCAGGAUCUGGCAAAUCAACUUUCUCCCAUACCUUGGUUAGAAACCACCCCACGUUGACGCGCCUAUCCAUUGACGCGUACAUACACGCCCACCAUGGUCUCUACAAAAUUGACUACCCAGACGAGAAAUAUGAGCCUUACCAGAUCGAAGCCGAGUCUUCGUUGCGCCAGCGACUUGAGAAUACGCUUCGCUCAUCCGCGCAAAGAGAUGGUAGCCCACCUCCCUAUGUGCUCCUCGAUUUCUCAUUCGCAUUCAAGGAAACCCGCGACGAAUGGAAAAACUUGAUUGAACAGGGCGGUGGAAGAUGGAUUCUUGUAUAUAUAGAUGUAGAAUUUGAUGAAAUCAGAAGGAGGGUCAGGGAGAGAAACCAUCAGAGAGAAAUCGGGGCGAGAAAAAACGAUGCAGAUGCCGCGUAUGAUGUUACUGAAGAAAUUCUGGAAAUGUACAUUCAAGGAUUUGAGCGACCGGUGGGAGAGGGGGAGAUUAUUUUGAAGCUUUAA